UUUAUGUUUUUUUAAUUCCCAGGCAAACAGGGCAGCGCUUCACACAGGAAGCCAAAUUUACCCAUCAAAAACAACAAUCCGAAUUGAAAGCGCGACAAGAGCCGAGCCGCAUUGGCAUCCGCUGCGAUUCCCCGCGCAAACCUGCACCAGCCCGGAGGCAGCGGGCUCGGGAGGUGCCUCGCUGGCGGAAAGGACACAUGCAGGGCUAGCACAGGUGGAUGGAACCGGCGGGUUUGCGGUGCGAGGCUCUAGCUCCUCUGUCGUGAAGCAGCUCAGCGCCUAGUUUUGGGUUAGGAGCGGAGAGAAGCCGGCUGGCGGAGGUGGAAUAGGGCGAGCCGGGGUUGUGGCGCUGCUGCUGGAGCGCAGGAUCCGCCAGCUCCCGCGCUAGAAAAGCCAGGAGAGGCCCGGGGUGGGGCUGGCGUCAGCGGGCAGUGUCUCCCUGGCAGCAGAUUAGCUUCACAGGAAACCUGCCUGUUGACAGCCUGCCCAGCGAGAAAACUCCAAGGAGAAGCUGAGGACAAACAACCUCUCGAAGACAGUCCAUGGGGACUGUACCAGAUCCUCUGAGAUCUGCCAAGCUUUCCCUGGUCUCAGCUUCUACAGAGGAGGAGCAGCUGGGAGACCUGCAGCCUGCUAAGCACCAGCCCCAGCCCCAGCCCCAGCCCCCCAGUGGUGAGAGGGCCAGCAAUGGUUUCCCGUGUGCUCCGUCCAGCUCAGCUGGGGUUUGCUUGCUCAACCUGAACUGCACAGGUGCUGCCAGCACACAGAGGUGUGAGCAGUGCCACACAGACCAUGACAGCCAGCAGGAAGCCCUUUCUCCCAGGCUGGCCAGCACAGCUGCAGAGGGCUAUCCUGCAGAUGUGAAGCCUGCUGGUGGCUCCCAGCCAGCGGGCGUCCAGGCACCGGCAGCGCCAGCCCUUGAUGCAGCAGGAGCCCUCUUGGUGGGGCAAGGGCCAGAGAUGAUGCCGGCCCCACAGAGCUCCAGGCAGUUUGUGCCAGGCAGCCAGGCCAAAACCAGCUCCCUGACACAGAUAGAUGACUCUGCCCUGAAACCUCAGGGAGCUGAGGAUCAGCCAGCGCUUGGAGUGUUAAAUUAUUCUUCCCCGGGUGAUCCUGUCGGGGUUAAUCAAUUCUGUCAUACUUCUCAGGCAAACCUUCUGCAAAGAGGGGAAAAAGACAGGGCAGCAGAAAAAAAUGGUUCUGCCGUGUGUCAGUCAGCCUUGGCAGCAAGGCAAAGCGAAGCUGAGCUGGGGAGAGACCCGCAGACCAGUCUGGAGGCAAAAAGCGGGACUGCAGACACGGCACAGCUGCAUCCCCCAGGUCAAACUGAAGCGGUGCAGAGCAGCCAGGCACCAGCCCAGUCUGGCCACGAGAGUCCACACCCUGUACACAACCUGGACCCCAUUUCUGCGAGUCCAAACCCCACCCAGAUCUCCAAAUUCAGAGAAACAGGUACAAUGACAGCUCAGCCAGAGGGCAGCCCUUUUACUCAGGAAGCUGUAAGCAGGACAUGGAGGGAUGCUGAGGUUCAGGCUGUGACUACUGUGGAGAGCAAAUCAGCUUCCACCAGUCCCAGCAUCUUUGCUGCCUUCUUAAAAGGGAAUCCUCCUCCAGAGGAGAAGGAAGAACUGCACAUAAUUUACCAAGGAGGUAUGGGGCUGAGCCAGGCUGCAGUUCCUGACAGUCCAUCCUCACAACAACAGUUUUCGUGUUCUCCUGGUAUCACAUCAAAAUCGACUGUUGUGUCUGUGACUGCUUCAGCCCAAGCCCAGCCUGUCAAACUGCCUGGGGUCCCAUCUGAUGUGGCAUCUCCAGUAUCAGCAGAUAAUGUAAAACCUGUUCCCCCCUGCUCCCCUGCAGCUGUACCCUCCCAAGGAACAUCUGUGGGUAAUGCUGAGACGACCAGCGCAGGCUGUGAUGUCAAGGAUGCUGCUCAGCUGCCAAAGGAUGCUCCAGUCCCAGCACGGCCCAUCCCAGCUGAGCAGCUUGGAGCUGACUCCAGUAAUCAAACUCCAUCACAGUGUGGGGCUGGUGCUGGUGACCCAAGCCCCACUUCCACUGAUGCUGUCCCAGGAACCCAGAACAACGUGCCAGAUCUCGUCCCUCAUGCAGGAAGCAGCCGCUCACCUUUCCUCUCUGGCAAGGACAGUGAGGCCAAGCAGAAGGAGGUCCUGGGCAGCUCUGAGCAAAGGCCUGUGCAGAGCAAGGGUGUGAGUCAAGGGCAGGCCAGCCCUACUCAGUCUGUGGUAAAAGCAAAGGAAGAGAACUCGGUGGUGCUUGAUGCUGCAGGAGGGCUGGAGGCCAGCGGCCAGGCUGCCGCUGUCCGUGCCAAGGCGUGCCCGCAGGGUGCGGGUCAGGAGGGGAGCACAGGCCACGCAGACAGCGGGAUGGCUGCAGGCCAGAGCCUGCAGGCAGGACUGAUGCCCGAGUCGAGUGUGAGUCCUGCAAGUCUCGCCCCUCCCACGGCAGCAUCGGCAGCUCCCCAGCAACAGAGCCUCCAGGCCAGGGAGCCCAGGCACCAUCUCCACACUGCAGCGAUUCCUGCUUCCUCUCCGGCUGCGCCCAACCUGGGGGACAACAAAAAGCACUCCACCCCAGCCAUGGAGGCGAAAGUGCAGGUGAAGCAGUCCAAACACGUCAGAGAUGUUGUUUGGGAUGAACAAGGAAUGACGUGGGAGGUUUAUGGUGCUUCCCUUGAUCCAGAAUCCCUGGGAAUUGCCAUCCAGAACCACUUACAGAGACAGAUACGGGAACAUGAGAAACUGAUCCGGGCCCAGAACAGUCAGACACGGAAAUCCAUUUCCUCAGAUACAUCCUCAAAUAAAAAACUGAAAGGGAGGCAGCACAACAUGUUCCAGUCCAUGCUGCAGAAUUUUAGGCGUCCCAAUUGCUGUGUCCGACCUGCUCCCUCUUCUGUGUUAGACUGACAUGGUUUGCAGGGGUGCCUAAAUACCUGCAGUGGUGGAGAGAGAAUCCCUCCCCUCCAGUCCUGCUGUUUGGUUGUGUAAUUGGGGUUGUGAUGCAACCGUGGAAAAUGAUUCCCCUUUGUUUUCUGACUAGCCACAUCUCCAUCCUGCCAUUAUUAUUGUCACAGCUGGUGUAUUUCCACGUUAUGCCCCAACCUUGACUGCUGUCAGAUGAAAAGCUAGGCACUUAGCAAAAGCACAAAUUUCAAUUGCCACCUUGCUGCAGGGAGAGCAGCACCUUCUGAUAAAGCAGGAAGCAGAGGGAUUGUCAGAAUUACAGGAAUUUGUUUAUGUGCAUUAUGAGGUCUUACUCAAAGGGGUGGACUGGGGGAAGCUGAGGGAGGUGGAAGCAAGGUUCAACAGCUGUAAGGACCUAACACAAGACAACUUUCCUGGUUUGUUAGUUACCUGUGCUGAGGCAAGUCCAUGAACAGGCUAUAGACAUUGCCCCACUUCUGUUGAUACUGUGGGCUGCUGUUCUCAGUGAGCCCCAGGGAGCCCAGUCUUCCCCUCCUGUUGAAAUGCAGAACCAGGCAAAGAACGAGGAUCAAGACUGGAUUCUCUCUUGGGGAGAAGCUAAGUCAGUGGGAUGCUGAUGGCCAGAAGGGGAGGUGAGAGAUGCUUUUUGUCCCCUGCAGUGGCCACUCGAGGUAUAAACCAUGGAGGCACAGGAGAGCUCAUCAGUGGAUGGACCUGCAUCCAGCAGGUGCCCACCCUUACUCUGGGACUCCUGCCAAGUCUUUAAAAAGCAGGGAGCCAUUCUGCUCCUCAGGUCGGGUGGGCAGCCCCUGCUCCCAGCCUCCCGUGGCGCUGAGCACCUCUCUUCUAAAUCACUCUUUAAAGUGGUGUGGAUCUUUCUUCUCUCCCCAGACAUGCACAGUAAUGUUUUCCCAUAGCAGCUGGCUUUCCUGUGCAUUGGGGUCCAUGAGCCUCUAUGUCUAGUGUGUUACACUGAUUUUUUUUCCCCUUUUAAGCCCUUAGCCAACUCUACUGUUUUUUCCAGUAUUUUGGUGCUUUUCUUGCUGCCUUUCAUAACCUGAAUACCAUUUAUUUAGACUGUAUGUUAUUUUGUUUUACCUAACACUCUAUAUUAUGAACCAUUAUACUGUUAACUUGAAAAAUUUUCAGCAGUACUGAAAUCUUGAGACAAUCUUUGCUGUAUUUCUGAACUUAGUUGUAGAAACUGCUAAUAAAAGGUAGCUUAGUGACUGUUUCUCCAGAGGUAUGAUAUACAAUAAUGUCUCAAAUAUAUGUUGGUCUCAUUUCUCAAUAAUAUUUUUUCAACUUGGGAAAUGUGUUUCCCAGUAGCUUUGUAUUUUGUCCACUAGAGUUCAUUAUGGGAGGCUGGGAAACUCCUGCAGUUUGUAGAAAAUUUAGUUAUUUAUGCUGCAAAGCACUGAUGAUUUGGAUAUUGUAAUCCUGCAGAGUACUAGGGUUAAAUAGGAGAUUCUUUUUAGUCCAUUAAAAAUUUUCCAUGAAUCAUGAUGAUAACUUAUUUCUGUCUCUAGUACCACAGACCUGACUUACUCUGUAUAUCUUGCUCUUACAACUUACUCUAAAUCUUACAGGUUUACACCAUGUAAAUCAGUAUUAGUAUUUUUUCUUUUUUUUUUUUUUUCCUGUGAAGCAAACCUGAAGUGGUCCCCAGUUAUUUAGGAGGCCAGUCUUUUUGAGUAUAUCCACUGCCAAGCCUUCAUAGUAGUUGUUUGGGGGCAAUUUUUCCCCAGCAGAAAAGUAAAAUACUGUAACAUACAACAUUUUAACUGAGUGCAAUGAAAAGUGUUGCCCCUAAGCAUAGUACUAAAUUGACUCCUAGUUUUCCUCAGAUAUAUACCAGGGGGCUUUAUGUCAUGUUCUUGUUCAAUUUCUGUAUGUUAUUUCAAGUCCUCUCCUACUUGUGGUGCUGAGCUUUUAAUUCUGAAACACCACAUUAGAAUCUUCCCACCUCUGUGUACCAGGAAGAAAGUCUCCAGCCUUUUUUUCUGUAAGUACUGCUGUUUUUACCCCCUUCCUAGCAGUGUCUGAGGUGUGAGUUUCACGUGAAAUUUUAUGUGGGAUUAAUAUUGACAGUAUCAUUAGGUCAGGUUAGUUGACAAGUUCAGUGUCUUUCCCACAUUGUGUCUGUGUCAGCCCUGAUGAGGUUCCCCAAGUUUUCUGCAGUUUUUGCUGUGUCCUGUCCAGUCCAAGGCUCUGUGGUGCUCCUUUUGCCUCCCUUCUGCCCUUCCCUUGCUAGCUGUUGCCCAGCCUGUCUUCCUGUGAAGCCGUGUCCCUUGGCUCAGCUUGCUUCCCCCUCUGCAUUCCCCUUGCUGUAGCUGUGAGCCAGCUUACUCUGAACUGUCCCUUUACAAAUAUGCUCAGUCUGAAUAUACAAAUGGAUUGUCCUAUUUUUUUUUCCUUCCAGAGAAAAAUAAACUGCUGUCACUCAUGCACUGAUUUCCAUGAAUUUUAUCCUUUAGCUUCAGCUCUGCAAAAUAUUUCUAAGAUAUGGGUAGUGGUUGCUUUAUUGAGACCAAACUGGGCUUGGCAAUGAAUGAGCAGGAUGCUGGGGCAGCACUGGACUUUCUGCUUCUUUGCAAGGAAUGAGAGAUCUCCCCUGCUUCUUUCAGCUGUAAGUCUUCAGUAGCUGGCCCACCCUCCCUUCCCCACACCAAAUUAGGAAAAUCUCACCAGUGCAUCCACACUACAAAGCACUAAUGGACAAGUUACUGAGUGGAUGCACCUGAACAGCUGCAUGGGCAUAACUGAAACAAAAUGUAGUGUUCAGCCUGUCUUCUGGGCAAACAGGGGUGCAAAGAUGCAAAUUGUCCAUGGCUCUGUCUGGUGGCUGCAGAAGUCCUGCAGAUGUGUGUUGGAAGCCAAGCAAUAAA